AUGAAGGGGAUAUAUCUACAAAAACUAUCGAGACAUAGGAUAAAAGUGUUAGUCAUUGCAGUAUUAACUUUAAUUUUAUUCGGAUCGCUAAUAAAUACAAACAUCAAUUCAUAUAACAUUAAUGAUAUACAUGAUGAGGAGACUCUUGCAACCAACCCACAACUAUCUGAAUUCCACAAUCAUUUAAAUGAUGACCAGAAUCACAAACCGACUAUACCUUUAUCUUCAAAUCCUGGUCUUGAAAAAGAUAGCAAAAAGCAUAAAUUUUGGAAUAGUAUUUUUGAAGGUUUUGAUUCAAACAAAAUGGAUAGCAGUGAUGGGCCACUUAUACACUAUACAGAUAAACUGGAACAUUUGGAUGAUUCAAAAACAAAAAAAGCGUUGUUAUCUAGGGCCAAAAUAUCAAAUGAAGUAGUGGCGUCAUUGAAGAAGAAACAUAAACGUGUCGUUGAAGACUUACCAAACGCUAUACCUGACUAUAUAUUUAAAAAAGGUUCUACUGGUGUCGUUUUCAUAGGUGGGGCAAAAUUCUCAUGGUUGACCUAUCUUGCUAUAUUGUCCUUGAAGGAGACGGGAUCAAAGUUACCAAUCGAGGUAGUAAUGCCCAAGAAGGAAGACUAUGAAAGGGAAAGAGAAUAUUGUGACAAAUUACUACCCGAACUUGGAGCCAAAUGUAUAGUUGUUCCUGAGGAAUUGGGAGAAACAACCGUGAAAGGAAGAAAACUUAAAUCUUUUCAGUUUAAGUCAAUAGCUUUAGCAAUAUCAUCUUUUCAAAAUAUUUUAUUAUUGGAUUCAGAUAACAUGUUAGUUUCAAACCCAGAUCUUGUAUUUAAAAGUAAACUAUACCAGAAAUAUGGUAUGAUAACCUGGCCUGAUUAUUGGAAAAGAACAAUCUUUCCAAAGUAUUAUGAUAUUGCAGAUAUUCAAGUGAAUGAAGGUAAAAGAGUAAGAUAUGAUAGAUUCCCAUUAUUUGAACCGGUAAAUUCUCCAGGGGCUUUAAAUGUUGAAGAGACUGAUGAAAUUCCUUAUCAUGAUUUAGAAAAUGCUAUUCCGGAUUUAUCUACAGAAUCUGGUCAACUAAUGAUUAAUAAAGCCACACAUGGGAAAACAAUAUUGUUGUCAUUGUACUAUAACAUUUAUGGUCCUGAUAUAUUUUACAAAUUAUUUUCGCUUGGUGAGCAAGGAGAAGGUGAUAAAGACACUUUUGUCACUGCUGCGAUAGUUAAUCAACAACCAUACUACCAGGUUAAAUCAUUCAUCCUAUCACCUGGUUAUUUCAAAGCAGACGGUGGGUUCCAAGGAGUCGCUAUGGCUCAAAAGAAUCCGUUAGUCGACGAGAAACUAUUUAAUGAACUAGUAGUUGAUGCAUUUGACAAAAGUGGUCGAACUUUGAGUAUACCUGAUCAAAUAACAAAACUCAAGGCUUUAGCGGAAAAAGAAUUCAAUAGUCACAACGAUGUGCCCAUUUUUGCAUUGCACUGUAAUUAUCCAAAGCUAGACCCAUUAAAUUACAUGGUUAAGGAUGAUAUCUAUGACGCUACGAAGAAGAGAUUAAAAUAUAGAUUAUAUGACAAAAUGCAUUAUGACAAAACUGUGAUCAAUAACCUUGGUGAAGAGGAAAUUGUAAAAACAGAUUUUGAAUAUGAGCAAUGGCUACACAUGAAAGAUGUCCUUUGUAUUAAUAAGUAUAAAUUUGAACAUUUUAAAGACCAUGACAUGGAAGAAGUAUGUACUUUUGUCAACAAUCAAGUGGAAUGGCUCAAGCCUGAAUCUUAA